AUGUCUCAGCAGAAAAAGCAGCCCACCCCGUGUCUCCCUGUGUGCUGUGGGAAGAGCUCUGGCGGCGGCGGCGGCGGCGGCGGGGGCGGCGGCGGCGGCGGCGGGGGCGGCUGCGGCGGCGGCGGCUACUCCGGGGGCGGCGGCUCUAGCUGCGGCGGUGGCGGCGGCUACUCUGGGGGCGGCGGCGGCUCCAGCUGCGGCGGAGGCGGCUACUCCGGGGGCGGCGGCUCCGGCGGGGGCAUCAAGUACUCUGGCGGCGGCGGCGGUAGCGGCGGCGGCGGCUCCAGCUGUGGCGGCGGCGGCUACUCCGGUGGCGGCGGCUCCAGCUGUGGCGGCGGCGGCUACUCCGGUGGCGGCGGCUCCAGCUGCGGCGGGGGCGGCUCUUCCGGUGGCGGCGGCUCCGGAGGGGGCAUCAAGUACUCUGGCGGCGGCGGCGGCGGCUCCAGCUGUGGCGGCGGCGGCUACUCCGGUGGCGGCGGCUCCAGCUGUGGCGGUGGCGGCUACUCCGGUGGCGGCGGCUCCAUCUGCGGCGGCGGCGGAUCAUCUGGUGGCGGCGGCUCCGGCGGAGGCAUCAAGUACUCCGGUGGCGGCGGCGGUAGCGGCGGCGGCGGCUCCAGCUGUGGCGGCGGCGGCUACUCUGGUGGCGGCGGCGGCUCCAGCUGUGGCGGCGGCGGCUACUCCGGUGGCGGCGGCGGCUCCAGCUGUGGCGGCGGCGGCUCUUCCGGUGGCGGAGGCUCCGGCGGGGGCAUCAAGUACUCCGGCGGCGGCGGCGGCGGCAGCGGCGGCGGCUCCAGCUGCGGCGGCGGCGGCUAUUCCGGUGGCGGCGGCUCCAGCUGCGGCGGCGGCGGCUACUCCGGGGGCGGCGGCUCCAGCUGCGGCGGCGGCGGCUACUCCGGCGGCGGCGGCGGCUGCGGUGGCGGCGGCUCCUCCGGGGGCGGCGGCGGCGGCUCCUCGAGCCAGCAGUACCAGCAGCAGAGCUACGGAGGCGGCUCUAGCGGCGGCGGCGGCUGCGGCGGCGGCGGCUACUCAGGGGGCGGCGGCGGCUCCAGCUGUGGCGGCGGCGGCUACUCCGGGGGCGGCGGCUCCAGCUGCGGCGGCGGCGGCGGCUACUCCGGGGGCGGCGGCUCCAGCUGCGGCGGCGGCGGCGGCUACUCCGGGGGCGGCGGCGGCUCCAGCUGCGGUGGCGGCGGCGGCGGCUCCUCCGGGGGCGGCGGCUACUACUCACAGCAGUCCAGCCAGGCCUCGUGCGCCCCGCAGCAGAGCUACGGCUCUAGCGGCGGCUCCUCCGGGGGCGGCGGCGGCUGCGGGGGCGGCGGCGGCUCCUCCGGCGGCGGCUGCUUCUCCAGCUGCGGCGGCGGCGGCGGCGGCUCCUCCGGGGGCGGCGGCGGCUGCUUCUCCAGCGGUGGAGGCGGCGGCGGCGGCGGCUGCGGCGGCGGCGGUUCCUCCGGCGGCGGCGGCGGCUCCUCCGGCGGCGGCGGCGGCGGCGGCUCCGGGGGCGGCAAGGGCAUCCCGAUCUGCCACCAGACCCAGCAGAAGCAGGCGCCUAGCUGGCCUUGCAAAUAA